CAAAACGGAGCCACAUUGGGAGGGGGACAACCACAGAUCCACUUCAUUGUUCUCUCUCCGGAUUGUCAGUCCAGUAUGGAGUCCUCCGAGUCCCAAGGGGGAAAUGUCCAGGCGUCGUCCAACACCGUAGAGAUAGAUAGCUUCGAGAGGGAAAAUUCUCCUCAACUCAUCAUCUAAACCAACCAAUUUUUGUGCACCCUAUUUCGCCUUCAUCAGGCGUCUUUGAUCAACCCGGGGAACUUCGCCGAUGUCAUUGUGGCGGCGCUGUUUGUCGAUACAAGUACAACCACAAUCGUCUUUCUUCCCGACCAUCAAUCGACCUUCGCUUGUCUCUCUCUCUCCCGAUUAUUCCUUUUCAAGUCCAAUCUCUUGAGAAACGGACUUGUCUUCUCGGAAACCUUUCUUCGUUGAUCCUCAGGUUUUGGAUGUGGCCUCGUCAAGCCCCGUCCGCAACUUGACAUCUCAACGUCCCACCCUCCAUCAAGAAAACCUCGGCGACACUCCCCUCGUCCACCCAGAAAAGCUUCCUUCGAGUCCUCUCCUCUGCGCGUUUGACGUGGAUACCACCUGUCUAAUGACCUCGAACCCUCCUCAGUCGGGCGUUCAACCAGGACAGAGCACCGCUACCUCCGCCUCAAACCCGUCCGUCACUUCAUCUACCCCCUUGGCUGCGACGGCCAAGUCCUACGCCAGCGCCACGAAGAAGUCCACCACGGACUCCUCCGCUGCUCCCGUCACCGUGGGUGGCUCGGCGCAACAUGGGAAGUCGACUUCCGCAUCUCCAGUGAACGGCAAACCCAUGCAAUCUCAAAACUCCCAGCCGCAGGCUCAGUCUGGGGUUACCAUUGUCAAUGGUGCUCCUACAGCCCCUGCUGCUGCUCAAAAUGACCACUCCCGCAAGCCCUCUGUGACCAUCACCUCUGCCGGUGCCUCGGGAUACAUGCCCAACGGUGGCCCUGCCAGCCGGCCCAACUCUCUUCAGUUCGGCUUUGCCAACCAGCAGAGCUCCCCCAACAUGGGUAACCCAGCCGUGCUUGCUUCCAACCAGGCCCAGCCUGGCCUGGGUGCCCCUUCGACCAACCCACGAGUGACUUCGCCUCAGACCUCCCCGUCGCCCAUCCCACAACCCGCCUCCAGCGGUGGUCGUCCCCCACCUUCGACCUAUCAGGCCCAGGGCAACGUUCCUAACUUUGGCAGCUUUGGAGAGAAUACUGGUGAUAACAACGCCCCUCUCGGUCCCGGCCAGCAGCACGUUCGUCGCGAGUCCUCCCAGUCGACUCACAGUGAUAUGAGCAACCACAUGGGUGGUGGUCCUGGCCGUGGCGGAUACCCUCACCAGGGUGGCCGCGGUCGCGGAUACUCCCAGUCUGGAUACCAAGGUGGACAGAUGCCCUACUCACCAGGCCCGAACUUCCGCCAGACACCUAAUCAGCCUCGCGGUGGUCCCAACAUGGGCCCUCAGUUCCACGGCCCUAACCAGGGCCGGCCGAUGCCUCCCUUCCCGAACUCGCCACACCAAGCGAACCGAAGCCCGGCCCUCGCCAACGCGCAUCCCACCACACCUCAAAUGAACCAAGUUCCCAUGGCCCACCCCCAGAUGCCUCCUCAGCCCUACCCCGGCUACGGACAGCACAUGGGUCCCCAAACUGGCUACCCUCCGAGUUACGAUCCCAACUACGGCUUCUAUCCAGGUGGUUAUAACAUGCAGAACAUGCAGUACAUGACCCCUCCUUCGCCGCAACCCCGUCCCGGCAUGCCCUACAACCCGCAGGCCCCCUACAUCCAACAGCAAUACCCCGUUCAGCCUCCCCCGCAGUCGACCCCGCUCUCUCGCACCCCGUCGCAAGUCUCGACUGACCGUCCUGGCUCGAGCCUUGGUCAACCCGCCCCUGCUGGUGCCCCUGGCGCUGGCCACACUCACACUGGUAGCAGAUCCUCGAACAGUCCCGUUCCCGCGAAGCCUCACUUUGUGAUUCCCUCUGCCAAGAAGAGUCCUAUUAUCAUCAAGGACCCCAACAGCGGCAGCGUGAAGACUUUCGACAAGAACCCCGCCUCUCCUGCUCGUGCUACUCCCUCCCCGGUGAAGAUUGCCACUCCUACCGCGACUCCACCUCCCCGCACCUCCAGCGCUACCGACCACUCGCGCACCGAUAGCAAGGCCAACAGCACCAAGACUGAUGAGGAGAAGAAGCAGGAGCUGAAGGAUGCUGUGCGCCAGAAGAUCCAGGAUGACGAGGCCGCCCAGAAGCGUAAAGCUGAGGAGGCUGCCCGCAAGAGCGCCGAGGAGGCUAAGCCCGCUGAGGUGAAGCCCGCUGAGGUCAAGCCCGUUGAAACCAAGCCCGCCGAGACCAAGCCCGCUGAGACCAAGCCUGUUGAGACCAAGCCUGUUGAGACCAAGCCUGUUGAGACCAAGCCCGCUGAGGCUAAGAAAGAGGAUGCCACCGAGUCUGCUCGUGCCGCCCUGGAGGACUUGAGCUUGAAGGAGAAGGCUGCCCCUGCCGAAGAGCCCAAGAAGGCUCCCGCUCCCGCUCCCACUUCUGCCCCCGCCCCUGCCCCCGCUCCUCCCGUCGAGGAGGACGAGAUCGACUACGAUGCUAUCGAGCGUGAGAUGGCCGAGAUCGAAGCCAAGGAGCGUGCCGCCGAAGAGGACUACAAGCGCAAGAAGCAGGCUAAGAAGGAGGAAGCCGAGCGCAAGGAGCGUGAAGAACGGGAACAGUACGAGAUCAACAUGAAGAAGGCUGAGCAGGAGGCUGAAGAGCGCGAGCUCGCUCGUGAGGCCGCUCGUGCCAAGGGCGACACCACCGAGGAUGAGGUCAGCCGCAGGGAGCGUGAAGAUCUCUUUGCUUCCCUCAAGAAGGGAGGCUUCAAUGCCACGGAGGCUUCCACCCCCGCCGACAGCGGUGCUGCCACUCCUGUUUCAUCCGAUAUGGGACCCCCUGCGAAGCCCGCCAGUGCUGCUGCUGCCAAGAAGCCCGCUGGCCUGAAGCUCGACACCCCCAAGCCCACCGAGCCUCCUCAGCCGAGUGCUGCCAUGAAGUCUCUUCAGAACGCCAAGUUCCUGGAGGACCUCAGCAAGAUCACCUACCCUUCUUCCGUCAACGCCCCGGACGCCUCUCUCAAUGCCAACUCUCCCGCCGAUCGCCGAUUCCACUACGACCGCGACUUCCUGCUCCAGUUCCAGGCUGCCUUCAAGGACAAGAUCUCCAUCGACUGGGAUGCCCGUGUGCGUGAGACUGUCGGUGACAGCGACGCCUCUUCUCGGCCCCAGUCUGCCCGCACCCCCAGCAUGGGCGGUCGCAACCCCUCUCACAAAGGCCUUGGUGGCUUCCCUGGUGCCUCGUCCAUGGGUAACUUCGGCCAGACCACUCGUCAAAGCAUGCCUGCCGUCAACCCGUCUCUGGGUGGCCGUAAUGCCUUCGGCAGCUUUGGCCGUCCUGGCAUGCCUGGCAUGGGUGCCCCUAUUGGAUCUCGCAACAACUCUUCUAACAUGCCCAUGUCUCCUCGUGUGGCAUCUAGCAAGGGUGGUGCUGGUAGCAAGCGUGGUAAGCACGGCGGCAAGAGGGAGGAAGACACCAACAAGGCCAUGCCUCUUACUGCCGGUAUGGAGCUCAAGGCUCUGCAGCAGAGUUCCACUGGCUGGAAACCUCGCAGCAUCGGUGCCAGCGCUACCGCCGGUCCCGCACCAGGUGGCGAUGGACACAUGCCUCCCGACGUUGUGCAGCGCAAGGUUAAGGCUGCCCUGAACAAGAUGACCCCCGAAAAGUUCGACCGUAUCUCCUCUCAGAUUUUGGAAAUUGUGUCUCAGUCUAAGGACGAGUCCGAUGGCCGCACUCUCCGCCAGGUCAUCCAGCUCACUUUUGAGAAGGCUACUGACGAAGCUCACUGGGCUCCCAUGUAUGCCAAGUUCUGCAAGAGCAUGCUGGAGAGUAUGAGCGCCGAGAUUAAGGAUGAGAAUAUUCGUGACAGGAACGGCAACAUUGUCACUGGCGGUUCUCUGUUCCGCAAGUACCUACUUAACCGCUGUCAGGAGGAGUUCGAGCGUGGUUGGAAGGUCAACCUUCCACCCAAGCCUGAGGGUGUCAACGACGAGAUUGCCAUGCUCUCCGACGAGUACUACAUUGCCGCUGCUGCCAAGCGUCGUGGUCUUGGUCUCGUCAAGUUCAUUGGUGAGCUGUAUAAGCUCGGCAUGUUGACGGAACGUAUCAUGCACGAAUGUACCAAGCGCCUUCUCGACUUUGAGGGUGUUCCUGAGGAGGCUGAGGUUGAGUCUCUGUGCAACCUGCUGCGUACUAUUGGUGCCAGUCUGGAUGCUUCUGAGAAGGGUCCCGCUAUGAUGGACGCUUACUUCGCUCGCAUCAACCACAUGAUCGAAAUGCCCGACUUGCCUAGCCGUCUCAAGUUCAUGCUGAUGGAUAUCGCCGAUCUGCGUGCCAAACGCUGGAAGUCCAAGGACGCCGACAAGGGUCCCAAGACUAUCCAACAGAUCCGUGAGGAGGCUGCUCAUGCUCAAGCCGAGGCAGAGGCGGAGCGCCAGCGUCAGCAGGCCAACCGCGGUGGUGGCGGUGGUCGCCCGGCUAUGGGUCGUGGUGAUGCUCGUGGCUUCGGCUAUGGUAACCAGGCUCCUCCCCCCGACUACGCCUCCAGCAAGGUCGGCAGUGAUGACUUGCGCCGUCUGCGGGCCACCCGCAACACCAACCAGCCGAUGUCCUUCGGCCCGUCUAGUCUGCUCGGAUCUCGCAGCAGCAGUGGUCGGAAGGGCCUUGGCCCUGGUGGCAACCUCGUUCGGGGCAGCGAUGACAGCGCUGCAAGCAGCCGAACUGGUACUCCCCCUGCUGGCAAGAAGGAGGACAAGGAGGCUGCGUCAUCGAUGAAUGCUUUCAGCGCCCUCGCCGCCCUGGAAGACCGGGACAACAUGGCUACUUCGCCUCCAUCGAACCCGACUUCCCCCAUGCUUACCAAGUCGCAGCCUGCCACUGCAGAGCGCCGACCUUCAAAAACCCCCUCAAAGGACGGGGAGGACGCAGCAUAGAUUUGAUUCCCUAGGUGUUAAUGAUCAACGUUUUUUUCAUUGUUUUUCCCACCCAAAAGAUUUCCCAUUUCUUAUCUUCUGCCCCCUAUUCUUUUUCCUCCCUCUCACUGUUCAUGUUGCUCCCCCAUUGCGUAUCUGCUCUUUUUUUUCUAAUGGCCGUCCUGACUUGCAUUCCCCGACUGGUCGGUUUCCUUUUCUCGCCUUUGUCCCUGUUCUCUUCCUCCUCUUUUUUUUAUCGGG